AUGCGCGCCUCCGUCACGCCCUCCAUCUACCCCUCCCUCUACGACAAGAUCAUCAUCAACAAUAUGCAACCCUCCUGCCCCGUGAACCUGGCCGACAUGCUCCGCGCCUGCGUGGUGGGGUGGAAGCGCGACGGCGAGUGGCCGCCCAAGUCUCAGUACACGAACAUUGUCGCCCCGCCCAUGCCCGUGCCCAAACCCAUGAGUGCGGCGGAGAUCGCCGCGCAGCGACAGCGCAAAGCAGCGGCGCAGAAACAGAUGCAGCAACAAAAGGAGGCCAGAGAGAAACAGGCGAAGGAGGAGAGGGAGCUUAGGGAGCGGGCGAGGGAGGUGGCGAGGCAACAGAAGGAGGAGAGGGAACGGGCUGCGAAGGAGGCUAGGGAAGCUAAAGAAAAGGCUAGGGAGGAGAAGGAACGACAGGAGAGGGCACAGGCACAGGAGAAGAUGGCACAAGAGAAGCAGCAGCAGCAGCAGAGGAGGAAGAGUGAUGCUACUACUGCGCACCACCCAGGUGCGGGGGGCAGGAGGACUAGUAUCGCGGCGUUGGUGAAUGAGGCGGUCAACAAUCUUUUGACAAGGGUGCCGACGGCCGAAGACAGGGAACGCGAGAGGUCGGGAAGUCAAGAGAGUGAUGAGAAUAAUGGAGAGACCAAGGGAGGAGGGAAGGGUGGGAUAAGGAGGAGUUUGCAAAAGGUGUUUUCGUUAGGUCAUGGGUCACACAGCAGCGGUGGUGGUGGUGGUGGUGGGCAUAAUGGGCAUGGGCAUGGUGGGCAAUAG